AUGCCAGUGAGCGAGGAGCCACAUGAGGCGGUCGCGCGCUUGGUGUCAGAGUUGGACGACCCGCGGCUGCGCGUCUGCGUGCUUGGGGGGACAUCCAUCCAGAGGCCGGAGACGGAGCAGCUUGCAGCAGCCAUCGCGGAGGGUCUGAGGCAGCUGGAGCAGCUGGUUCUCGUGUUCACCGAAGGCAUGCCCGGGGUGCAGCACGCCUUCGCCAAGAAGUUCGGCGACCAAAGCUGCCACCUGGUGCCCAACGGCCACGCCUGCAGCUGGGCGGGCCGGGAGCUGCACGCGGGGAGCUCCGUGGCCGAGCGCCGGGAGAUCUUCGCGCUGCUGGGGGAUGUGUACCUCGUGCUGGAGGGUGGCCCCAACGUGGCUAGCCAGGUGAAGCGUGCCUUCCAGCGCGGAGCUUGCAUCAUCCCGCUGAUGCGCACGGGUGGCGCCAGCGCAGGGCUUUUCAGCUUCCCAGCGCGGGCGCUGCGCCCGCCGCCCUAUGCGCAGGACCACUGGCCUUUGCUGAAAGACGAGAGCGCGGAGGUGCCCGCCUCGGCGCGGGCGGCAGUGAGUGUGGUGGAGGCGGUGCUGAGCCACUGCCCCGAGGGCUGCGGCCGAGACUUGGCGCCCUCCGACGAAAGCCCCGAGUCCUCCAAGCCGCUGCUCAGCCGAGCGGAGCGGGGCGUGGAGGCCGCCGCGGCGGCCGGGGAUGGGCCGACGCGAGCCGCCGAGGCGCGCUUGCCCUCGGCGGAGAUUGGGGCCAUCCGAGACCUGGGCAUCGGCAAGCCCGGCCUCACCCUGCCGGUGCCUUCCAAGCAAGCGGUGCCGCAACCGCUGCCUUUGGUGCCUGGACCUCGCCUGCCGCUGGUCCCCGCAGCCAGGGGAGCGGUGAGCAUCAAGCGCCAAACCGCGCGGGAUGAGUGGAACAAACAGGAGAUUUUGGUGCACUGGGCGGUGGCGCGGAAUCCGGGGCGCCAGGUGCGGCAGAGACACGAGCUGCCGGAGCCGCUCAUGGACGCUGCAGAGUUCCGGGAGUACUUCAGCCUCGCCUUCCCCGCUUUGGAGAUCCAGCUUUGGGAGUGUGAGGAUGACACAGCCGAGCACUCGGCGGGUCGCCAGCUGCAGCUGGGCUUCCGCUCAGCGGACCGGGACGGGGAUGGCUUCUGCACGGUGCCGGAGCUUCUCUACGGCCUGCAGUGCGUGCACGGCCAGCACUGCCUCACCCGGGACGCCGUGAGGUUGCUGGCAUCCACCUCAGUCACUACAAGGAGAGACCAACUCCUCGAGGUGAUGCAGAGCCUCAACGACGGCCUCAGCGUCUCCAUCUCCGAGGCCCAGGCGGUGCUCCACGAGGCGGCCCUCGUCGCCGGAGCGUCCAGCCACGCGAACGACGCGAAUGCGUCGCGCGACGCCUUCCGACGCGCGGAGCUUCUGUGGGCGCUGGGGGCCUGGUAUGCCCGGGUGCAAAGAGAACACACCUCGUGGAAGGACAUCCUUGUGGCUGCCGUCCGGCGCUGGAUCCCUUCAGAUGAGGAGCACCAUGGCUGCAUGCUGCACCACUUGGCGCGCACCACCAUGGAUCUGCCCAAGACCCUGCCGUUGCCCAAGAGGCUGGGCGGCCAGCCUUUGCGCCUCAGGGAUUCCGAGACGUCUGCGAGCCGUGCCAGCCAAGCUUGCGUGCUGAUGCUGGCGGUGGUGAUUCAUAUCUUCUUCCUCGCCAUGCUCCUGCUCCCCAGUGUGUUCUUCAGCAUCAUCAUCUAUUUGGGCAGCGAACACGGGGACGACCGCUGCCCACGGGAUUUGGACGCUUUGUUGGUGUGGUUCGGCGCGUUGGGUUUGUCGGUGCUGGUCAUCGACUGUGCCAAUGACGGCUCUUUGGGGAUCUCCGUCAUGGCAGCCGUGCUCAAGGGCGUGCUUGCUCUGACCCCUCUGCUGGGCAUGGCCAUGAGCCACGGCUUGGAUGCGGAGGACGCGGAGCUGUGCGGGCAGAUGGUCUUUUGGAGCUCCAAAUGUCUCUGGAGCUUCCUGAGCUCCUGCGAGAUGACUCUGCUGUGCCUCUUGGCCUGGAGCUUCCACGUGGCGCGGAACCACGAGCGCCAGCUGCGGCGCCUGGCCUUGGACCUGGACGGUUAG